AUGCUGCCUGCCUCGAUUGGCAAGUAUCAAUACAGGUGUAGUAUACAUGUAGUCUCCAUCGGAGUCUUCGCCAAGGACAUGCAGCUCUCGCAGCGGCGGCCUUGGCGUGGGCCACCAUCGCAAAUUGCGCUGAAACUGAUGAAAAAUGCGAAGCCAGCAAAAAUUGCGCCGAUGCCGCCCCCGAAGGAGAGGUACUGGCAGGAAUACCGCUCUGUGCAAUGCAGAUUCUCUUCCAGGGCGAGCCCUAUUCGUGAGCAAGGUCACCUCAACAAGGCUGUAGAAGAUGUUAGCAGAUGUUCAAAGUGUGGGGGUGGAUGGGGAGACGUGCUAACUGCUGAGAUUACGCUAAGCACUAGCGCGGCGCUAGGGAACCUUAGCAUGGACUGUUCCGCGACGCAUCACGACGCGUCCUCCCGAGCUUCGUCAAGACUGAAAGACGUAUCACCAUACAGCAUCCAAACCGCAGACGCCGCCCGCACGGUCCUCAUGGCGUCGAGCAACGCAGAAGUAACGAUCCCAGAAACCAUAGGUGGUUUCAGAAUCCGACAUCAGAACGACAAAUGCCACACGUGCGGCAACAAGAGCGCAAGUGACGCGCUACUCAUGUGCAGUAAAUGUCACUGGGCUCUAUACUGCGACGCCUCCUGCCAAAAGGCACACUGGGAGAUCCACAAGCGGGAAUGCAAGGUCCUGACAUCCAACCCUAAGGCAUGUUCCGGACCACCUUAUACAUCUCGUCAAAUGGUUAAUAGCGAUGUACAGAAACUCAGGAUCGGCUUUGGGCAUGGAUUUGAUCAUGUGCGAGAGGUCAUGGAGUGCAUUCGACGAGCAGGGCUCAACCAUACGGUCAAGACCCUGUGUCUCACGCAACUUUACAACGCAGCGGAGGGCACGACCGUCUACAUAUUCGAGGAGCCAAUGGAUAGCAAGGACUUCCAGAACAGGGUCUCCUGGCAGCACAGAGAGCACCAAUCGAUGCUUCAAGUCGCUAUCGAUGACACUGAUCUCGGUCACCCUUCAUACUCGCGCAUGUGGAUAGCACGCAUUCUUGGCAUACUCUUUGGAGCUCAUGCAUCGCCGCUAUGCGACAUCAAGAGCCGUAGGACCAACCCCCAACUCCGCCACGGGGCAUCUUUUCCUGGGCCCAAGAGUGUUUUCGUGACACGAGCAAUAGGGCUCAAGUUUCGCCAAGACUCAGCUCCUCCACCGCCUGCACAGCGACAGUGGUCUCGAGGCGAUAUUGCGCCGACGCACUACGACUUUGAGGGUGCUAUCAGAGGUUCUCCGAACGACCUGCAGUGGCAGCCGGUUUCAAGAACAUUCAAGUCCAGCGAUACGAUAUUCCAGUCAGCGGCCAUAUGGCUGCAAAUUCCGAAACAAAAGCUCAGGGAUAUGCAUGAGCAGUCUACGAUAUCAUCCUUCGACGUGCUGCGACCUCUUUCGAAAGACGGCACCCUGCCCGCAACAUCUAGUAUCCAUUCCAGAUUCUACAUCGGCCCAGGUACAAUCAGCUCAUUAAUCAACAACCUCGCACCUAAAUUAAUCCCAGAUCCCUCAAAGCGAACAAAAUCUUUACACCGUACUGCCACCCGGAGUCACAACAGAGGAAUCAGCCGAAUGGAAAAACGAUUUCGUGGCGGGAUGUUCUCAGCUUACAUCUCCGUUGACUGCUACAGCAAUCAUCAUCAUCCCGCACUAAGCAUUCAACGGCCCAGCUCCUCCAUCCGAAAGCGUCCCAUCUUCAACGAAUCAGCUCUACUCAAGGAAUACAAAGUGGAUGAUCUGGCGCGCGGCUUUGGAGUUGGUUUUCUAUGGUCGCUUUCUGCCGGCUCGGCCAAAACCUUGAGUGCAAGAAGACUGAUCAGAAAGGGUUCAACUCCUGAUGCUGUUCUCCAACAUGUGCUCCCGCACAGCAUCUUAUACAAAUUCCUUCCUUCGUUACGCGCGCCAUUGAAGCCGCGUGAUAUCGAUUUCCAAGAAUUCGAUCGAGGCUCCGCGAAAAUAGAAAGAAGGUCGUAUACUUGGCCAAGAUCCGGACGAGGUAAUCAUAGCAAGAAUUGUUCGAGCUCUCGACAGAUGCGAGUCUGCUUCUUCGAUAGAGUGCAUCAUGUCAUGGAACAACAGCUGUAUGGUGACUGGUUUUGGUUUGAUCCAUGCCAACUUGGCAUGCGCGUCAUCCGGCUCGAACCCAGGUCGUGUUCAUGUCGAGCAGCUGUGCGCGAAUGCCAGGUCUCGUUAUUCGCUGUGGUGUCGUUCACCAGCCUCCCCGACCGGAAAUGGGGAUCGUCGCCAGUGUCGAGAGCAUCUCUUACCCCUACCGCCGCGUAG